UUUCCUCCAUCAGCUUUUGGAAAAAAAAAAACCCUUCCCUUGCGACGUGAAUAACCAUGGCAGCUCUGUGUUUCCCAACGAUCAUAGCCUCCGGGAAGAUUUCUCCGGGGAUAAGAAUCGGCAGUCCAUUUGACCCGUUUAAGAACCCUAAACGAUUGAUUCCAAGGCGGAGGAAUUUGAUUGUUGCCUCGAUCACUGAGGACCGGGAAGCGAUCGAUGCGAAGGCUCCCAGCUCCAGAGGUGAAUCAGAAAAAGAAGAAGAUGAGGCUGAAGAUGGAGACACCGAUCGGCUUAUGAGCCGAGGAAUCAACGCGGCCAUAGUUCUCGGCGCCGGCACCGUUGCCGUCACCAGGCUGCUAACUAUUGAUCAUGAUUAUUGGCAUGGUUGGACCCUCUACGAGAUACUACGGUAUGUACCUGAACACAACUGGAUUGCAUACGAGCAAGCUCUCAAAACAAACCCAGUGUUGGCCAAAAUGGCAAUAAGCGGGAUUGUGUAUGCCUUAGGUGAUUGGAUCGCUCAAUGUUAUAAAGGGAAACCUCUCUUUGAGUUUGAUCGGACUCGAAUGUUCAGAUCCGGCCUGGUUGGAUUCACACUACAUGGCUCGCUAUCUCAUUACUACUACCAGUUCUGUGAGGCUCUCUUUCCCUUCCAAGAUUGGUGGGUGGUUCCUGCCAAAGUGGCGUUUGAUCAAACUGCAUGGUCAGCAGUCUGGAACACUAUCUAUUACGUGGUUCUUGGGCUCUUGCGUUUUGAAUCCCCGGCUAACAUUUUCAGCGAAAUCAAGACAACAUUUUGGCCCAUGCUCACUGCUGGUUGGAAGCUGUGGCCAUUGGCUCAUCUGAUUACCUACGGUGUAAUCCCAAUUGAUCAAAGGCUUCUUUGGGUGGAUUGUAUAGAACUCAUCUGGGUCACUAUUCUUUCGACUUACUCUAAUGAAAAUUCAAAGGCACGCACAUCAGAAGCAAAAUCCAGCCCUCCUUCCAGCAGCCAUACUGAGGACUAGACAAAAACAUGAAAUCAGCUUCUAGUGCUUCACUCUCACCAGUAAGAAGGAAGACGAUAUACAUAUAUAUUUAUAGAUGCUGGAAAAUCGACAAGCUUUCUACUGCCUCCACCAGAGGGUUUUGUCUAAUCCUUCUCAUCCAUUCCUAUUGGGAUCAUACCGAUGAUUUCGUAGCAAGAAUCAAAUUCAAGAUAUGGAGAUACGGUCACUGCCAAAGUAGACGCAUAUGAUCAGCCAGUCCAGAUAUUGAUGUGAGUUAUGAAACCAGAAUGGUGUUGCUUGCUGCUAUUGUUGUUGUGGGUCACCUCCAAAGUUAAACUCUGUAACAUUUCAACGGUCUAAAAGUCUUUUAUGUUCAAGAGAAGUCUUAGGUGGUCGGAUCCCGUCUCUCUUUGCAUUCGAAGAAAAGACACUCUACAUACUGUGCAUCGAAAUUUAAUUAUUUUCUUAAAUGCUUGCCAGAGCAGUCAAAUUAAAUA